UGCAGGGCUGUAACUGAAGUACAAGAUGGCAAGAACCAGCCACAGCAACUACGUCCUUCAGCAGCUGAACAACCAAAGAGAGUGGGGCUUUCUGUGUGACUGCUGCAUCGCUAUCGAUGAUAUUUAUUUUCAAGCACACAAAGCAGUUCUUGCUGCGUGCAGCUCCUAUUUUAGGAUGUUUUUUAUGAACCAUCAACACACUACAGCCCAGCUGAAUCUAAGCAACAUGAAGAUUAGCGCUGAAUGCUUUGAUCUUAUUUUACAGUUCAUGUAUUUAGGAAAAAUUAUGACAGCCCCCGCCAAUUUUGAACAAUUUAAAGUGGCCAUGAACUAUUUACAGCUCUAUAACGUACCUGAAUGCCUGGAAGAUAUACAGGAUACAGACUCAUCGAGUUUAAAAUGUUCAUCUUCUGCUUCUAGCACCCAGAAUAGUAAAAUGAUAUUUGGCGUGAGAAUGUAUGAAGACACGCUUGCUAGAAAUGGCAGCGAAGCAAACAGGUGGGGUAUGGAGCCGCCAAGUUCAACAGUAAAUAUGUCCCAUAACAAAGAGCCUGAUGAGGAAGCUUUGCAGCUGAGCAGCUUCCCCGAACAACUGUUUGAUGUCUGCAAAAAAAGCACCACGUCCAAAUUCUCUCACACGAAAGAGCGCGUGUCCCACUCGCGCCGUUUUGGAAGGAGCUUCACCUGCGACAGCUGUGGGUUUAGUUUUAGCUGUGAAAAGCUGCUGGAUGAGCACGUGUUAACGUGCACGAACAGGCAUUCCUACCAAAGUGCCAGGUACUACGGCGCUGAAAAGAUGGACUUUAAUGACAAGGACUCUACUUCUAAAAUAAUGUCCACGCAAACAGAAAAAUACAAGAGGGACUCGAGCCAAGCCGCGGAUGAUUCUUCAUCUCCCGUGUCAAAUGUCACGAGCAGAAAAAGCAGCACGGUUGCCUCUGAGACAUCAGGUGAAGAAGGAAGUAGAGCCUCUGAGAGGAAGAGGAUCAUCAUCAAGAUGGAGCCAGAGGACAGCCCUGCAGAUGACUUGAAGGAUUUCAAUAUUAUUAAGGUGACAGAUAAAGACUGCAACGAGUCUUCCGACAACGACGACCUAGAUGAUGAACAGGAGGAGCCGCUUUACAGAUACUACGUUGAGGAAGAGAUCAGAGAGAAGAGAAAUGCUCGGAAGACUUUAAAACCCCGCUUGUCCAUGGAUGAGGAUGAAAGGAAGUGUUUGAAAAGUCCACGGCACCUUAACAGAAAGGCUCCUUCAGUGCAGGAGGACGUGGAGAACGCUCCCUGCGAACUCUGUGGGCUAACGAUCACUGAGGAGGAUUUGUCCUCUCAUUAUUUAUCCAAACACAUAGAAAAUAUAUGUGCCUGUGGUAAGUGUGGUCAAAUACUGGUCAAAGGCAAGCAGCUACAGGACCAUGCGCAGACCUGUGGAGAACCCCAGGAUCUGACCAUGAACGGUAUCAGAAAUGCUGAGGAGAAAAUGGACUUGGAAGAGAACCCCGAGGAGCAGUCGGAAAUAAGGGACAUGAUGUUUGCAGAGAUGCUGGAGGACUUCAGGGACGGUCAUUUCCAAAUGAACAGCCUUCAGAAAAAGCAGUUGUACAAGCAUUCUGCCUGUCCCUUCCGGUGCCCUAAUUGCGGUCAGCGUUUUGAAACCGAAAACCUAGUGGUCGAGCAUAUGUCGAACUGCCUAGAGCAAGACCUGUUCAAGAACUCCAUGAUGGAAGAGAACGAGAGGGAUCACAGACGUAAGCAUUUCUGCAAUCUUUGUGGGAAAGGAUUUUAUCAGCGGUGCCACUUGCGGGAACACUAUACCGUUCAUACCAAGGAAAAACAGUUUGUUUGUCAGACAUGUGGGAAGCAGUUCUUAAGAGAGCGCCAGUUGCGGCUCCACAAUGAUAUGCACAAAGGCAUGGCCAGUAGUGAAAUAGGGACUUCUAAGCUUCUGAACAACUGAGAGAACCAGGUUUGAAGAAGACAUGAGGAAGAACUGGUCGGCAAAAGAUUUCAUAAAUACUCAGAACCGCGUGUGCCAGAUCUGAAUUGGCACCACC